GCCUCUGGUCUGUGUUUGAAUUGGUGAGAUUCCUUGUUAAAGAAAGUAUAACGCAUCUCCAUCACCUGAAUUCUGUCACCAUCUCAACGUGGCGACUUCCGUGCUGCGAGAUGCUGGGCAUGAUCCCGUUGUGGCAUGAUAUUACAGAAGAGGAAUUCUACAGUAACGAGAGUGUGGUGGCGGAAUUUAAAGAACGGGCUCUGGAAUUGAGUAGGACCGCCCGUGAGGGUAGCUUUCACUUUCUCGCGAGAUGUAAAUACUAUAAUAAGUGCAUAUCGGAGCAGUUGAGUGCGGACGAGAGCAGCUCUCUGGGAGGUUGAGCGAUGAGAU